CGGGCGUUGUGGGAAAUUCCCCGAUGGAAGGAAAGUCUCUCAGGCUCUCAGGGUCCAGACUCCAGACUGUCUGUGCUCUUCUUCACUCUUGAUAACAUCACGUCUGUGAUUUCUUCAGUGAACGCUGCGGCCUCGUGGCGCCGCCGUGCAGAAGUCCCCGGUGUUUCCAGGUGGACACUGGAGUCGCGCUCCUGUGCGUAAAAAGCGGGGAUUUACCGGCGCGUCGCCUCCUCACGCCCAGUGAGAGUGGGCGCGGGGCUCCGCCCACCUUCCACAGAUAAACGCAGAGACUUCAGCCUCCUCCGAACAGUUGGGCAACAGCGCAAGGACAUCCGCCCCCGCGCGGUGCGUGAUGAGGGCGGAUUAAAACUCGGGAGCGAAGCGCGCGAGAGAAGAUGUCAAGUAGACACGCGUGAUGAUGAACGUGACCGUGGCUGAGAUCGGAGCCCCCCCGGCCCCCGUGCUCCUCCAGGGGCUGUGGGACGGCGUGAGGCUGGGCCAGAGGCAGCUGCUGCUGUCCCCCUACCUGCCCGCGUGCUGCGCCUUCCUGACGCACGUGGCGCUGUGCGCGCCGUUCCUGCUGCUGGACGCGCUGGGCAGCGUCAGCCUCCGGGUCCAGUCCUGGAGGAUCGCGGCGGGCUCGGGUCCGCCGCCGUCCCUCGUGCAGUGGCUGGAGUGUUUCUGGAGGGUCCUGUUCAAGUACGCGAGCACCGUGCUCCCCGCCACGGCGCUGGUCCAGCUGCUGCGCAGCCCCGACCUCCCGGAGCGCGCGCCGUCCUGCUGGACGCUGAGCCUGGAGGUGGCGGCGUGUUUUCUGCUCUUCGACUUCUUCUUCUUCUCAUGGCAUUACUGCAUCCACAGGGUGCCGUGGCUGUACCGCAGGGUCCACCGGAUGCACCACCAGCACCACAUCCCCUUCGCCAUGGCGGCGCAGGACGCCAGCUCGGCCGAGCUGCUGUCGCUGCUGCUGCUGGCGCUGCUGAGCGCCCGGCUGCUGAGCUGCCACCCGCUCAGCGAGGCCGUCUUCCACCUGCUCAACAGCUGGCUGGCCGUGGAGGACCACUGCGGCUACGACCUGCCCUUCGCCGUGCACAAGCUGCUGCCCGGCAUGGGCGGGGCCCCCCACCACAUGUCCCACCACAAGCGGCAGAACAUCAACUACGCGCCGUACUUCACCCACUGGGACCGGCUGUUCGGGACGUACCGGGCGUCGGCGUGAAGGGACGGCCGACUCCCUCACCCGGAGACGCAGUGAGAGACGCUUUCUGCGCCUCAUUCGAAGCAACUGGGACGAGAUUUCAGACCAGGGGUCCUCUGGGACCCUCCGAGGGUCCAGCUGGAGGAUUUCAUGAACCUCAACACGAACUUGUAUGAUUGUAUGAUUUCAUCUGUAUAAAGAAAGCUGUGAUCUCUUUGCUUACAAUGAUUCCAGCUGAGCCGGACGUCGUGUUUGCAGAAGAAAGACUUUGGAGCUGAACUGCCAGCGGAUGCAGCUCCGUGAAGGCUCGACAGUGAAGACAAUUAACUAAAGCCCCGCCUACCGAUGUGCACUUUCGAUGUGGACGUGGACGGAUUUAUGUGCUUUUCCAGAGCUUCGGUCGACUCAGGCAGCUUUAACUUCGUGUGGCAGAUCUCUUUCGUUUUGGCAAGAUGUCAUUUUCCUUUGUGCGAGUGAAACACUGGCACUACUGAUACUCGUGCACGGCACGCUGAGCACAGGCUGCUCACUGAAAGCCAUAAUAUUGAGGACGCCCUUCAUGUUGUAAAUAUCCGCCAGAAUCAGUGUUUUUUUUACUGUGACACAUUACCUAACUUAUGCUUUAUUUUUAUACGUUGUGAAGAUCACAUAAAACAGUCAAAUAAAUCUGUUAAAGCGA